UGUUUGAAACCUGGUGUACGUUUCAAAGGUCAGAUGUUCAAAAUAGGCAAGUAAGAUGCAUGAACGUUGAUGAAAAUGGCGUAGUAUAUGUACUUUUGGGUUGCAAAGACAAAUCGAAUAGCGAUUAUACAUUGUUGCUUUGUUUGGAAGACAAAAUUGUUCAAAAUGUUCCUUGUCCUUUCCUGAAGUAAUACAAGUUAGUAAGAUUUUUCUUGCUGUAGCACCAAAUAGCAAUAUUAUCAUUGCUGUUGCUACAGUCAAGAAGGAUCAAAACUACAUCAUGAUGCAUGUGUGUGACAGUAAAGGAAGCCUUAAUAAGCCAUUUGUAGCAAAGGGUAAACGUAAACCAAUUGAUGAUGAAAUGAAAUAUUUGUCCAUUUCCUCCGACGACAACAUAGUCAUUUUGACUUAUAAAUCACCCAAAACUUACCGAAUUAUCAUUAGUACGAUGGACGGAAAAUUUGUUAAAAAAAAAAAAUUUCAACCACACAAAGACGAAAUUAAUUCAUACAAUGAAGUCAUUUAUACUCCCGUCUCCAACAGUGUCACAGGUUUUUUCUUUGACAAAUCAAAGCUGGUGAUUGAGACUUAUUCUGUUGAAACCGAAAAAUUUAACUUGCCUAUAAUCCUGAUAAACACUGGAUAUGACUCGGAAAUUUUUGACGCUUCAUUACGCAUCGUUCAUCAUGCUGGCGAAAACGUGGCAUUAGUGUGUAGAAAAAAAAGUGUAGUUCGUUUUAUUAUUGGAAACCGUAGUUGCGGAGACGUGGACUCGACGUUGAAGUGGAUGAACAUGGAAGUGAAGACAGAUUUAGACUCAGUUCCAGGUGUUAAGAAAGAAAACUCAUCUUCAAAGGCUAACACAUCGUCCACUGCUUUUAUCAAUUCAGAGCCAUCUGAACACAGCGAUGCUGCAGAAAAGAAUAAUUGCCAUGAAGAUGAUAGAAAACAAGAAACCUCGUCUUCGAAUACCAGCACAUCGGCAACUACUUUAAUCAAUUCGGAGCGAUCCGAUACAGUGUCUGCGUUUGGUUUGACAAACCAGUCAUCAACUGUGUGUAAUCUAGAAACAACCUACUCUGAAAUACCAAAUCAUGUUCAAAGAAAGUUAGAAGAACGUUUAAAUAAAGGAAAUGAGCUAUUAGAGAAUGAUUGGAAAAGCCUUUACAAAGUACUGAAGUUGCCAGAAGGUAAGGAAGACAUGAUUCCUGAAAAAUUCUCUGACAACCCACGAUAUGUGUUGAAGACUUGGUUUGAUAGAGAUGGACAACAUGCCAAUGUAAAAGCACUGCUCCUAGCAUUGAAAGAGUGUAAGCAGGGAGGCUUAGCCCUUGAAAUAGAAAGGGAUUUGGAUGUUAAGCUACCUGAUAAGGCUGAACAAAACACCGUACCAGUGAAGGUUCAACAAAACACCGUACCAGUGAUGGUUCAGCAAAACACCGUAAAUGAUCGUGACGUUAGCUUGGCCAAAACAACAAAGCAAGGCGAGACAAACGAAAGUUUUUCUGGUCCUUAUUUGGAAUCGGAAUUUAAACUGUAUGACUAA